AAAAAGAAAAGAAAUGUGUAUUUUUGUGCUGUGUCCUUAAUGUGCAGCUUAGAGCCUGCAAAAGCACAAUAUGCUUUUUGAUGGUAUGAGGUCACAGUAUUUUCACAGUUAGGAAAGGCAUUAUAAGUCCAUGGUGGUGGUGGCACAUGCCUUUAAUCCCAGCAUUUGAGAAGCAGAGGCCUGUGAAUUUGGGAGUUCCUUGCCAGCCUGGUCUAUAGAGGGAGUUUAAGGACAGUCAUAUCUACACAGAGAAACAAAUGAAAAGGUAUUAUAGUAUAGGAUAAUAUUCGAAAGUAUCUUUUGAAUCUGCCCAGGGACACAUAACCAAACUGUUAUUUUUUUUGGUUCUUGUGUUUGCUGUGUUUGAGUCCUGAGUUCAUUAUGUUACUCUGUCUGGAUGAAAACUCCACUUGUAGUCCAAGCUGGACUGGAAUUUACAGAUUUACACCCACCUCUGUCUCCCCAGGGCUUAGAUUAAAGGUGUGCACCGACACAACUCUUCAGACUGCAGUGUUUUAUUUUGUGAUCUGUUGACAGCCAGUGGUGUGACUGUGGACUUCUUCCAGGAGGGUGGGCAAUGCCUGGACCCUGCCCUGAGGGCUUUGUACAGAGACUGGAUGUUGCAGACUUGCAGCAGUCUGUUUUCUGUGGUUGAGAAUAGUUUGCUUGAAUAGUUUCUUGGCAAAUUACUCUGCAAGUGUGUGAGCUUUGUGUAAAUGAGUCUCACGGAGUGAAGUGAAAUCCCCAGAAGAACAAAGAAAAUCUACAUGGAAUGUUCUCUCUUCUUCCAGUGUGUCCCUUGGAAGGUGUGAGGCUUCUGUCAAAUUGGGUCCGUGAUAAAUUCAGAACCUCACUAGUGUAUGAUGUUCUCAUCCCAAUCACUCAGUUCCAUUUGUGCCCCUUGAGAUUUGACUCAGCUGUGAUUGGAAGCUGCAUUGCAGUUAUACUAAUUGAAGAUGCUUAUGACUGUUUAACAACCUUAUGCAUUGUCUGUCUUUCUACGCCUGGGUGACCUCACUAAAUAUGAUCUUUUCUAAGUCCAUCCAUGUACCUGCAAAAUUCAUGAUUUCAAUUUUCUGUACAGGUAAAUAAUAUUGCAUAGUAUAUACGGGCCACAUUUUUCACUAUCCAUCUGUCAGUUGAAGACAGAGUUUCUUUCCAGCUAGGUCCCAGCAGCCCUUUAGUCCCAAAUAAGCACACUAAACUUAUAUUAAUUAUAAACUGUUUGGCCGAUGGCUAAGGCUUCUUAUUGGCUAGCUCUCUCUUAAUUAUUAACCCGUUUCUAUUAAACUACGUAUUGCCACUUGGCUGUGGCUUACCUAUAAUGGUGCAGCAUGUUACUCCUUCGACCGCUGUCUUGAGACAGAAUUCUCCUAGUCUGCUAGACCUGCCUAAACUUCCUGCCUAGCUACUGGCCAAUCAGCAUUUAUUCAUCAACCAAUAAGAGAGAGGUAUAUCCCAUCAGACAAUUAGGUUGUUUACCUUCUGUAGCUGUUGUGAGUAGAGCAAUUAUCUGUGGCUGAGCAAUUAUCUGUAAAUUGAAUUCUUUGAGCAUAUGCCAAGGAGUGGAACAGCUGGGUCAUAUGCUAUAUUUAAUUAAUUGAAGAUUCUCUAUAUUGAUUUUUAGAAUGGCUAGAUAUUUGUUGAUGGAGCUUUUAUUCCCUAUGCUUUUGUUUUUGAUGUCAUUGUUGUUUGGAUUAUUGGCAGUGUUUUUCUUCCUUCUCUGUGGGUUUAGUGAUUUGCCGUCUUACCAAUGGAUAAUUACUCCCCAUUUGUCCUGUAUCUAUCUGUCCUUCACAUGAGAUUUAUUAUUUCCCGUGUUCUCAUGGAUGAUUCCUCUAAUUUUUUGUAUCUAUUUUACCUUUGAUAUAUUGUUUGCUGUCCUGCUUUGUUGAAAUGAAUUGUUUUACUUCAAAAAUAUCUUGAAUUGCAGUUUUAAUAUAGAGUUUUUCUGGAUGAAACCAUAUGAUUGAUAGUGAUUUUUUUUCCUCCAAGCUACAAAUGUCAGUCCAUGGUCUUCUGGCUUUGGUAUUACUGACCACACACCUGGUGUAUUCUGUUGCUAGGGUCUUUUCAUGUGGUUUUACAUUGUUCUUUAAGCUUUCAGUAUUAACUUUUGCUUUUUCCUUUUGACCCCUUUAUUUGACAGCAAAGCAAGCCAUCUAUGCAUUGUUCCUGAAAGAGAAACUCAAAGAAGAGAAACAGAAAGAAAUGACUGAUUCUCCAGUAAAUAUGUCCCAGGGUGUGUUGACAUUCAGGGAUGUGACUGUGGACUUCCCCCAGGAGGAGUGGGAAUGCCUGGACUCUGCUCAGAGGGCUUUGUACAUUGAUGUAAUGUUGGAGAAUUACAGCAACUUGGUGUCUGUGGAGAACUAUUGCAAGUGUGAUCCUGUCCAUCACCAUGUGAAGACUGAAAAGGAGUCCUGUCAGUGUAAUGAGCUUGGCAAAGUGCUUCAUGACCCCGCCACAUGUGCACUUUAUAGAACAAGUGAAACUACAGAAAACUCCAGUAACUACACAUGCAGUAAUCCCAGGGAUGCCUCUGGUGACUCAUCAAACCCAGACAGACGUGAAAGCAGGCACACUGGAGAAGAACCUUGCAGCUCUAAAGACUGUGAGAAAUCUGUAAAUUUGUGUUCCAACAUGACUCAAGAUCAGAGAGUCUACACUGCAGAGAAAGAGCACAGGCAGGGAGAAUAUGAGGACUAUUUUAUGUCUACAUACAGUCUUUUGCAACUACCAAUCUACAUUGGGGAGAAACCACACCAGUGUGAAAAGUGCAGGAAAUGUUUCAGGACUGCCUCAAGCCUCUCUGUACACCGGAGAAUUCACAGUGGAAAGAAACCCUACAAGUGCAACAUUUGUGGCAAAUCCUAUAACCAAUUUGCAAAUCUUAGAAUACAUCACAGACUUCAUACUGGAGAGAAACCUUACAAAUGCAAAGAAUGUGGAAAGUCAUUUCGGCAGUCCUCAGCUCUUAAAAGCCAUCUGAAAAUACAUACUGGAGAGAAGCCUUACAAAUGUAAGGAAUGCGGCAAGUCUUUUGCCCACUGCUCCAGUUUCAGGACACAUCAGAAAAUCCAUAGCGAUGAGGAACAUUGCAGUUGUCAAGAAUGUGGCAAGGUCUUCCAUCAGCUGUCACACUUCAGGCGACAUUACAGACUCCACAGUGGAGAGAAGCCUUACAAGUGCACUGAGUGUGACAGAGCCUUUGCGCACUAUUCAUCACUUAGGUGGCAUCAGAAAACUCACUCUUUAGAGACAUUUUACAAAUGUGAAGAAUGUGGUAAGUCCUUCCUUGAAUUAUCACAUCUUAAAAGGCAUUACAGAAUCCACACUGGAGAGAAGCCUUACAAAUGUGAGGUGUGCGACAAAUCCUUUACUGUGAACUCAACUCUAAAAACACAUCAAAAAAUUCACACUGGAGAGAAACCUUAUAAAUGUAGGGAAUGUGACAAGUCCUUUACCAAGUGCUCACAUCUUAGAAGACAUCAGAGUGUUCACACUGCAGAGAAACUUUACAGCUGUAAGGAAUGUGGCAAAUCUUUUCCCGAGUGCUCAGCUCUUAGAGAACAUCAGAAGAUUCAUACUGGAGAGAAACCUUACAAAUGUGCAGAAUGUGACAAAUCCUUCUUCCAGCAAUCAAAUCUCAGAACGCAUCAGAGAGUCCACACUGGAGAGAGACCUUACAGGUGUAAGGACUGUGGCAAAUCUUUAACCACGCUCUCAACUCUUAGAGCACAUCAGAAAACUCAUACUGCAGAAAAACCUUACAAAUGUGUGGAAUGUGACAAGUCCUUUACCCAUAACUCACAUCUCAGAACACACCAGAGAGUCCACACUGGAGAGAGACCUUACAGCUGUCAGGAAUGUGGCAAGUCCUUUACCACAUGCUCAUAUCUUAGAGCACAUCAGAAAACUCAUACUGGGGAGAAACCCUACAAAUGCAAAGACUGCGACAUGUCCUUUCUACGGAUUUCUAGUCUUAAAAUACAUCAGAAAAUCCAUACUGGAGAGAAACCUUUCAAAUGCAAAGACUGUGACCUGUCCUUUAAUCAGAUAUCGAAUCUUAAAAGGCAUCAGAAACUUCACACUGGAGAGAAGCCUUACAAAUGUCUGGAAUGUGACAAAUCCUUUGCUCACUUGUCAAAUCUCAGAACACACCAGAGAGUCCACACAGGAGAGAGACCUUACAAAUGUAAGGACUGUGACAAAUCCUUUACUAGGUGCUCCUACCUCAGAGCACAUGAGAAAAUCCACACUGGAGAGACACUCCACAAAUGCAAAGACUGUGACAUGUCUUAUAUCCACCUUUCCAAUCUUAGAAGGCAUCAGAGAGUUCACACCACAGAGAAAAGUAUCUGUGGCAAAUAAUGUGACAUAGCGUUCUUUUUUGUAGUCGCAGCUCAUAAGUGCCAACAGUGUCCAUAAAGGAAGCAUAAAGAUAAGAAACUUGGGGGCUGGAGAGAUGGCUCUAGGGUUAAGAGCACUGGCUGCUCCCCCCGGAGGACUCGGGUUCAAUUCCCAGCACCCAGAUGGCAGCUCACGGCUGUCUGGAGCUCCUCUUCUAGGGAUCUGAUUCCCUCAUACAGACAUACUUGCAAACACCAAUGUAUAUAAAAUAAAAUAAAUUGUUUUUUUAAAAAAAAACAGGACUUUGAGGGUGCAAAAUUAUUAAAAAAAGAUAAGAAACUUAUGAAAAGCCUUUAAUGAAAUUUUAAAACUUAUAAAAUGUCUCAGAGUUUAGAUCAAAAUAAAAUUCUGCAGUAGUAACUGAAUUAAUAAAAACACACACACACAAAAAAAUUGUGUAUGGGUGCUUUGCCUGCAACUCUUUCUAUAUACUGCAUGUUUGCCUGGUGCCUGUGAAUGCCAGAAGAGGACAUAAGAUUCUAGACAAUUGUGACCUCCUGUGUGUGUGCCGGGAAUCGAACCCUGGUCCCCUGGAAGAGCAGCAGUGCUCUUUCCCACUAAAUCAUAUCCCGAGCUCCUAGGUAAACUAUAAUAAAAUCAUUUCUCUUAGCUGAGCAAUGAUGGUGGCACAUGCCUUUAAUCCCAGCACUGGGAAGGCAGAUACAGGUGGACACAUGUGAGUUUGAGGCCAUCGUAGUCUACACAGCUAGAUACAGAACAGCCAAGGAUGUCACAUAAUGAAAUCCUGUCUUCAAAAACAAAAGCAAAACAAGACAACCUAAAAACUGUUUAUCUUGUUCAACAUUCAAGAAUUCAUAGUAAUGCCAGGCUAGGUAGUGCAUGCCUUUAAUCCCAGCGCUCAGGAGGCAUAGGCAAGAUGCCUAUGGAGGUGAGUUCCAGGACUGCCCAGUUAAACCUUUAGCAUACAUUAUCCAAUGUCCCAUUCUCUUACGUAUAGCACUUGGGUUUGGAGUUGACUCAGUGGUUAAGAGCACUGUCUGCUCUUUCAGGAGACUCGCUUUGAAUUCCCAGCACCCUCCCAUGCUCACUCAAUCUAUGUCGUCAACUCCAGGGCAUCCAAUGCCUUCUUUCCUCAGAAAGCACCAGGAACACAGGAACACAGAUAUACAUGCAGAAAAAAAACAAAAAACUCAUUGGUUCACCAAGUUAGACUUUGUUGUUUUCCCAGCUUUGGUUUGUCAUUGGUUCCUGAUCUGUGGUAAGUAGAUAUUGUUUGCACAGGAACAGCGUCACACAUCAGUGUGUGUGCCACACUAUAUUUGGGGGUGGGACAUCUCAAAUAGUUAUCUAAAAUAAUUUUCAAAGUUCCUUCUCCAGUUCUCACUGCCACAGCAGUGUUUGACCUUCUUUCCUCAAAGGUUUGCCAACAUUAGUUAUCAUUUCUAUACCUGAUGACCGACAUUACAUCUAGGGCCUCACGAAAGCUUAACGGAGUCCUCGUCUGCAUAUGUGUAUAACUUGUUUGUGUGUUUUGGUUUUAGGCUGGGUUUGUCAUUGUUCAUUCAUUUGUUUUCUUUUUGUUUUGCUUUUUUUUACAUUUUUAAUUUUGAAAUUUUAUAUUAGAACAUUUCUCCUCUUGCUUUGCUGGAGACAAAUCCUCCCAUCUAACAUCUCUGCUAAUGUUCAAACUCAUGGCAUCUUUUUCAUUGUUAUUGUAUACAUAUAUGUCUGUGUAUACAUAUAUAUUUGUAAAUACCUACUCAAUCCAAAUGUUACUUGUAUGCAUGUUUUUAAUGCUGACCAUUUGGUAUGGAGUAAGCAGUUGGUGUGCUCUUCCCUGGGGGAGACUUUCUCCUGCUCCCAGCAUCCCCCAGUUGACUGUAAUUCUCUGUGUAGGAUUGAGACAUAGUGGGCUUUUCCACAUCCCCUUGUCAUGUCUCUGUGUACCUACAACUGUCCUAGACUCACUAUGUAGAGCUGGCUGGCCUGGAACUCACCGUUUCCCUUGCCCAUGCCUCUUGAGUGCUGGGUUAAAAGGCUUGCAUGAGAAGGGAGCCCCACGUCUCAGACCCAGGAGCAGCUUCAGAGGGAGGUCAGAGCUUCAGGCCAGAGCAUUGUGAAGGGAGACACGAGUCUCAGACCCGGAAACAGUGUCAGAGGGAGGUUCAAGCUUCAGGCCCAGGAGCAAGGACUGAUCACCGGGUGAAAUGACAGUAGCAGUAUCCAGUAGUAGCUUCCAGAAGCUAUAGCAAAAAGUUCCUCUGGGAAAGAGCACCUGUGUCCCAGCCAGCAUCCACUGCCAUUUGUCGGUUGAAGAUACCCCUCUAAUACGUUGACCACUGAAGCCUCAGCCCCAUCUACACCUCCAACAGGAGGAGCAUCCACCUGGGCCACAGCCCCACCUGCACCUCAAGGGGUAACUACCUAAGCAUUGGAUGCACUUCCACCAGGAGGCGCUUUCAACGGAAGCUCUGCUCUACUUGUGCCUGAAGGAGUGGUCAACGGAGCCACAGCUCCCAACCAUACCAAUUGGAGAAAGAGAUGCAUAGACAAGGUAAGAACUCACUCAACAAUAUAAGGAGCAAUACAGCAUCACUAAAAACUAGUGGUGAUACAGCAAGACCUGAACAUCCCAACACAGAUGAAGCAAAAGAAAAUGACCUAAAAAUUAACUUUAUGAGGAUGAUUGAAG